UAUAUCCUUCUCAACAUCCAUCACUCCCCCUGACAUACUGCUUUCACCAUUCCAGCACAAAGGAAGAGACCUUUUCCUUCUUCUUCUUCUUCUUCUGGCUCGCAGCGACACAGCAAAGAGAAGCGCACAGACGACAUGGCCGGAAAGGACUACUACAAGAUCCUCGGCGUAGACAAGGGGGCAUCCGAUGAUGAUAUCAAAAAGGCGUACAAGAAGGCAGCUCUGAAGUACCACCCAGAUCGCAACAAGGACAAGGGCGAGGAGUUCAAGAAGAAGUUCCAAGAAGUAGGCGAGGCAUUCGAGGUUCUCAGCGACAAGAACAAGCGUACAAUCUACGAUACGUACGGCGAAGACGGUCUCAAGGGAGGGGGAGCUGGUCCGGCCCCCGGGGGCGCAGGAGGCUUCCCUGGUGGUAUGGGAGGCUUCCCGGGAGGAGCAGGUGGUCCAGGCUUCAGCUUCUCUUCAAGUGGACCUGGUGGCUUUAGCCCUAGCGACCCGAACGCCAUCUUCGAAUCCAUCUUCGGAGCAAUGGGCGGUGGAGGAAAAGGCGAUCCCUUCGGUGGCAUGGGAGGGUUCGGAGGCAUGGGCGGUGGCGGUGGAUCACGCUCCCGCGCAGGCGGCGGUAUGCCAGGUAUGGGCGGUAUGGGAGGCAUGGGCGGCAUGGGUGGUAUGCCCGGCUUCUCAAUGGGUGGAGGCAUGCCAGGAGGCUUUGGCAUGGGUGAAGGCGGUCCUUCCAGCCCGGGCGGAUCACCGGCUCCAAAACCAGCAGACUGGGAGAAAUCAUUACCGGUAGCUCUCGAAGACCUCUACAAGGGCGCCAAGAAGAAGAUGAAGAUCAGCAGAAAGACGGCAAGCGGAAUGAUGGAAGACAAUGUCAUCGAGGUGGACAUCAAGCCGGGUUGGAAGCCAGGCACCAAGGUCAGAUUCGCAGGCAAAGGUAGCGAGCAGCCUAGUGGCCCGGCUCAAGAUCUGGUGUUUGUCAUCGAGCAAAAGCCCCACGCUACCUUCAGAAGAGAGGGAGACGAUUUGCAUUCCACACAAACAAUCUCCCUCCUCGACGCCCUCGACCCACCCAAGGGAGGUAGCACCAAGCGAAUCAGUACCCUCGACGGCAGGACCAUCAACGUUCCCUUGCCAGCUGCAGGACCUGGUAGAACGAGCAUAGAGAAUGGCAAGACGACCAGGGUGGCUGGGGAAGGGAUGCCAAUCAGCAAGAGCGGCGGAGCUCGGAAGGGCGAUCUGGUCGUGGAGUGGAAGGUGGAACUGCCAUCGCGCCUCAGCGAAGAGCAGAGGAGAAGCAUCAGGGCUGCAUUGUCAUAAGGCUAGGGCGUGCGGAGAGGGCGAAAAGGAGCGGCUCUCUAGAGAUUCCCAGACAGGGGUGAGAGCACAAAGAACAGUAACG